AUGCUUCCUCGUCGCCAACCUCGGCCGCACCACCAACCACCCAAACCACCGCCCAUCUCGACUUCCAACAGCCCGAAACGCUCGAAUCCUUCCUACUCAUCCUCGUUCGAGGCCGAUGACGAGCGAUCGAGCUCGUCCGACCACGAUAGCAUGGGGCCGGACCUAGCUGCAGCCUUGCGCGAUGGCCCGGCGAAGUACGCCGGCGAAGAUACGCGGUUGACAAGCUCGAAAGAGCUGUCGGGAUGGUAUGCAUACGCAUUCGCCGCCGAGGUGUUCGUGAUAUGCGGAAUGGGAUCAUUCAUCCCAAUCACCCUCGAACAGCUCGCGCGGGAAAAUGGGGUCUUACUCUCUGACCGCACAACACCAUGUCCAUCAAGCUCGAAUACCUCUCCUGGGCUUCCCGGGACCCCCGGGGCCUUCAAGGACGAUGGCCAGUGUGUGGUAUACAUUUUGGGCAUGGAAAUAAACACAGCAAGCUUCGCCAUGUACACUUUCUCCCUGAGUGUGCUUUUCCAAGCAAUUCUGGUCGUGUCUAUAAGCUGCGCAGCGGAUCAUGGCAACUAUCGGAAGCAGUUGCUGCUGUUCUUCGCAUUUGCUGGCUCCAUUGCCACGAUGCUUUUCCUCGCCGUGGUCCCCGAGGUCUACCUACUAGGGGCUGUUCUGGCGAUGGUUUCGAAUACGUGCUUCGGCGCAAGCUUCGUUCUUCUAAACUCAUUCCUUCCCCUCUUGGUCCGACAUCAUCCCAAGGCACAAUAUGCGACUCCAGAUUUAACCCCUGGUUUGCCGUCACCUGCUUUGGAGGAACCUUCUGAGGCUCCGCUUGAUGAAACUGAAGGGAAUCAUAUGGUUGAUUCGACGGCUGCGCUUCUAGGGCCAUCCUCACGCCCUGAUCAACCCAGUCCCUCGAAAAAGCAUGUUACUUCCAUUGAAUUACAACUCUCUACGCAGAUAUCUUCCACGGGAAUUGGUAUCGGCUAUAUUGCUGGGUUGUUUUUGCAAUGCGUGUGUAUCGUCGUUAUCUUCGUGAUGAAGAGUACGACUUUAUCACUUCGUGUUGCGUUAUUCAUCGUUGGGGCAUGGUGGUUUGUGUUUACUUUCCCGGCUGCAGUAUGGCUACGACCGAGACCCGGACCACCUUUACCAUCUGAAAAUCCUGAUGACCCGACCGCUACACGCACUUGGCUGGCGUAUUUUACAUAUGCAUGGGGUUCGUUGUGGCGUACGGUCAAACUAGCUCGCCGCCUCAAGGAUAUCGUCUUAUUCCUGACGGCGUGGUUCUUGAUCUCUGAUGCGAUCGCUACCGUGUCAGGAACUGCAGUUCUCUAUGCUAAGACCCAAUUGCACAUGAAGCCAGCAGCAUUGGGGCUGAUCAAUGUCAUUGCGACCACCGCAGGGGUAAUCGGAGCUUUCACGUGGGCCGCAAUCUCAAGAACAUUCAACCUACGGCCCCAUCAAACUAUUUUGGCAUGUAUCUGCAUAUUUGAAAUUAUCCCACUCUAUGGGCUUCUAGGCUAUCUCCCAUUCGUUAAGAACUGGGGGGUCAUAGGUCUCCAGCAGCCCUGGGAAAUGUAUCCCUUAGGUUUUGUGUAUGGUUUUGUUCUGGGCGGGUUGAGCAGUUACUGCCGUGCUCUCUAUGGCGAGCUUAUACCUCCAGGAUCAGAAGCCGCAUUCUACGCUCUGUAUGCUAUUACCGACAAAGGAUCCAGCAUCUUCGGUCCCGCCAUCGUAGGCGCAAUUGUUGAUCGGACGGGCGGGAUUAGACCAGCGUUCUGGUUCUUAGCAGCUCUGGUUGGCCUUCCGGCACCAUUACUCUGGUUCGUGGAUGUGGAUCGCGGGAAGGAGGACGGUAGAAAACUAGCGGAGGUCAUUGAAGGGUUCAAGGUUGCGGAGAGCGGCCCUCCUACUAUAAACGGGGAGGAGUCACCGUUGAUUGCGGAUGAUGGAGAGUACGAGGAGCGGACGCAUGGGGAGUAA